GUUCACACACAACAAAGUGGAUCACGCAAACAUGGUGCACGAGCGGGUCUUUCAGGCGGAAACAAAAGCCCACACGUGUGCCCUACAGGCAGCUGCACGCCCCACUGGGUAUAAAGCCCAUUCCUGCAGAUCGGGCAUCAUUCGUUCUCUCGACAAGCUAUCUCGAAGUAACCAUCACCCAGCAGCCAUGGCGAGCAAAUCAGCGUUGCUUCUCGCACUCCUCAUCGCCGUUUCACAGGCCGCUCCUCAGGGACAGGUGCAGGACGCCUCCCCCCAGCAGAGUAACUCCUCGAUCUCCGCUACUGGCUCCAACUCCGACACCUCGUCCUCUGGAAGUGGCGGCAGUGACAGCAGCGGCGCACAGUCGAGCAGUGGAUCGUCCAGCUCACAAACCCCAAGCGUCGUCUUCCCUCACCUCAGCAACUUGUUGCCGCAGUUCAACUUCAGUGGCUCUCCCUCUACCGCCAGUGCCCAGAAUCCGAUAGCCGCCAUCAUCUCCUUCAUCCCGAACGCCAUCAACACGGAGCGCGAGCGAGUCAGCAGCGCCGUGAACCAGCUGGUGUCUGAGCAGGUGGGCGCUGCCACCGACUCCAUCAACGUGGCGGCGCAGACCGGCGGAAAACUCGUGUCCGACGGCAUCAGGGUCAUCGCCUCCUGGCCCACCUUCUGGGCAAACCUACUGGGCUGAAGUGACUUCUCAGCCUCAGUAAAAUUCCUCAUAAGAUUCUUGUUUCUAAGUUUUGUAUCAUUCGGGUAACUGCGUAACGUUAUCUGUAGAGUAGAUCUUACACUAAAACUCGCCUCCCUGUCUCUUCAAGCUAUUAACAUCUGUAAAUAAUGUUACUUCAUUCAAAAGCGGCGUUAACAUGUUAAUAUUGUAAGCAACUCAUUUGUUACAACGGCUUGUAUCAUACUUUGCUGUUUCAAUUCGGGUAUAGAUCGUAUACAACUAAAACCAACGCGCUUCAACAUUAUAUUUCCGUUUCAUAUCGUGUUAAUGUAAAUACUUUCAAUAAAAGUAUAUAAAAUGUUA